AUGACAACCCCCGGAUUCACCUUGCCCCAGUCCAAUCUGCGCGUCAAUACCAUCUCCGACCUCUCACAAGAUGAGCUAGUAUCCUUCCCCGCAUUCAAAACGUGGCUCUCAACACUGCAAGAAUCAUUGGCUCGGCAGUCAGACUCUUCGCACCCGUUUCAUGAGGAUCCGUAUCACCUUCGCCAAAUUGACAUCCAAGCAAUUGAUCGGUUCGGCGGAGGUCGAUUGGGUUUUAUCAAGAUGAAGGCCGAGGUGUCUAAUGGGAGAGGCGAAAAGCUCCCAGGAAGCGUGUUCUUACGUGGAGGUAGUGUUGGCAUGCUGCUUAUUCUCCAGCCCGAUGAUCUCCCUUCAUCAGAGGAAGAAGGAAAAUUAGCUCUCCUGACUGUCCAGGCUCGUGUCCCGGCUGGAUCUCUCACGUUCACUGAAAUCCCAGCCGGCAUGCUAGAUGACAGUGGGACGUUCGCCGGCGGUGCAGCCAAAGAGAUUGAAGAGGAAACCGGACUCAAAGUCAAGCAAGAGGAACUGAUCGACAUGACAGCUCUGGCCGCCGAGAUGAGUGGAUCGCCACCGGAGGAAGGAGAAUCAUUACAAAAAGCCAUGUAUCCCUCAGCAGGUGGGAGUGACGAAUUUAUUCCGCUCUUUUUGUGUGAAAAACGCAUGUCCCGCAAGGACAUUGACGACCUGCGGGGUAAGCUCACGGGUCUGAGAGACCAUGGGGAAAAGAUCACCUUGAAAGUUGUCCCGUUGAAAGAUCUGUGGAAGGAGGGCUUGCGGGACGGCAAGACCUUGGCUGCAUGGGCGCUGUACAAGGGAUUGAAGGAAUCGGGAAAGAUUUAG